AUGACCACCGCGAAAGCGUCGCCACCGCCUUGUAGCUCCGGCUUCUUCCGCAAAAUCGAAUUCGGACCGUCGACGGCGGCGGAGACGCUAGGGUUUGCCAAGCUCUGCCGAAUCAAUGUCGGCGGAUUAUACCGAAGUCGCAGAAGCUUCGUCCUCCGGGCGAGACCGAAGCCGAUUAAGGCGAAGGAGAACGCAGGCGCUUCUCUGGUUGAUGACUGGUUCAAGCCAAUUAAGGCGAAGGAGGAUUCUGACACAGAGGACCGUGCCACUGCGUUUUCUGGUAAAAAUCUCCCCCAGAUGUCAAAUGUUGGGAACUCAACAAACAUUAUGUGGCAUGACUGUCCAAUUCAGAAACAAGAUAGACAGCAGCUGCUUCAGCAAAAAGGCUGCGUUAUAUGGCUAACUGGCCUCAGUGGAUCAGGAAAAAGCACUAUUGCAUGUGCUUUGAGUCGAAGCUUGCACUCCAGAGGAAAACUGUCAUACAUCCUUGAUGGUGACAAUAUUCGGCAUGGUCUAAACCAUGAUCUUAGUUUUAGAGCUGAAGAUCGUUCAGAAAACAUUCGAAGGAUUGGCGAGGUGGCAAAACUCUUUGCAGAUGCUGGUGUUAUUUGUAUCACUAGUUUAAUAUCACCAUACCAAAAGGAUAGAGAUGCAUGUAGAGCACUACUUCCCAAGGGAGAUUUUAUAGAGGUUUUCAUAGACGUUCCACUACAGGUGUGUGAAGCUAGGGACCCAAAGGGACUCUACAAGCUUGCUCGAGCUGGAAAGAUCAAAGGUUUCACAGGUAUAGAUGAUCCAUAUGAAGCACCGUGUAGUUGUGAGAUAGUGUUACAACAGAAAGGAAGUGGCUGUAAGUCUCCCAGUGAUAUGGCUGAAAUUGUGAUAUCCUACUUGGAGGAGAAUGGAUACCUGCGGGCUUGA